AUGGCGGUCUCGGACGCAUUUUAUUACGACCGCGAUGAGAUUGCACAGAGCUUGGCGGCAUAUUAUUCUUCGCCACCGACUGAAGGCUGGAGCGAUCUAGAGCUGGACGUUGACGCGCUUCGAGCCCUGCGCCGCUCCGACAAAGUCAUUGACCUUUUGCGCCACAUCCCGUACAUCAAGCCCUGCAAAAGUGGCGAUAAACCCGUGCAAUGGCCGAUACUUGUCCGCUCAAGGGCCAUUCGAUACUUGCGCGACGAUGGCGACUUCUCGAACUGGUCUGCCCGUGGCGGCGACGGCCUCGCCGAGUUGGCAAACGCUCCGUUCGACCAAACCCCGGCAGGGCCCAUGGAUCUGCCCUCUGAUGUCGUGGCUCUCAGUCGCGGAUACGCUUCUAGUGAUUUCGGCUCGCCGUGGUGUAUCAUCGACUGUGAGACUGGUAUCUUGACGCCAUACACCUCCGGCACGGGACCAACGGACAAGCCGUGGCAGACUUCACGGUGCAGCGCUAGGGUGUUUUUCGACGAAAUGACCUCUUUUCUGAAGAGCAAGACCAUCAUAGCUCUUCCUCCAGUCGGGGACCUUGAGCCCGAGAUUAUGGGUUCCGAGAGCGAUCAGAAAGUUGACGUCAGACAGAAGUUUCAAUGGAUCUAUCAGGCGCGCGGAUGGGCAACAUUCGAGGAGGACCCUUCGUCUUGGCGCCGCGAGGAAUGCAUCGAGGUGCUUAAACGGUUUCGCAUCGAACUAUGGGAAGCAGAGAAAAAGAGGCUGGCGCACGAGGCCGACUUUGACGACCCGAAAGACGAGGAUUUCGAGGAUCCUGACUCCGAUGCCGGGAGCGAAGCGAGCCAGUCCGAAACCGCAACUGAAGAUGUAGAUACAGCACUGGAAGACGAAGACAUCUCGGUGGAUGUUUCAAAGGAGGAACUUGCCGAGGUCUGGGCAGAUCUCGACGAGACCGAGUACAUGAUGAUUGACGAAGAGUUGAAGGGUGAAGGCAUCCAGCACGCUUUUCACCCAUCGAAACCGCCGCAACGUCUGGCCAGAGCCCCGUCAUCCGAGAAUAAUGGACCCGGGGCUUCCCAAGUGCUUGAUCAAAGGCGCUGCAACGACAGCAUCGAGAUGAUGGCCGGCGCCAUCAAGAGUCAAUACCUCACCCUAUCUCGCGCGGCCUUCUUCCCGCCGUCUAUGGUAGAGACCGCGCCUGACAGCGGCUGGAGCGACGAUGUCUUCCCUGCGGAGGAAUUGGAGAUGCUUGGGUACUCGGACAAGGCAGUCAGUUUACUCCGGCAUCUUCCGUAUCUAGGCUUCGACGAGCACUUCUGGGAGGUGCUCCCCGGCGGCCAGCCGAUUCGGUAUCUGCGUGACGCUGAGCUAUUCGAGGAUGUACCCAGGGACAAGCCGAGACGAGACUCUCUGCGAAAGCUCGGACUUUCACCGUAUGAUGAGGCCAUGCCAGCGGAUGUAGUGGUGCUCUCGUCUCCAAACCAGGACAGCUGGCGAGGAACUUGGUGGAUGAUUGAUGCUGGUAGAGGGGUCAUCUUCUGCGAAAGCGGGCCGAAAACCCAGGUGGAAGCUCCUGCAAAUUCUUACGAGCCUGAGUCCAUCGUGACGUAUCUUGAGAAGGUGGUCUCAAAGCUCAGGGGACUUGAGAUAGUUCCCAUCCCAGGCCUGGGCCCAGAUGAGAAUCAAGAUCCAGUCAUUUGGGCCGAACCCAACUGGGAACGCGGGGCAGAUGCUUCGGCAGAGAUGUCGGAAGCAGACAGGCGGAUCAUCCUACCAGCCAAGUCUGGUAUAGGGCUUGAGGCCGCUCGCAAGGUCUAUCGUGACUACGGAUGGCCCGAUGAAAAUAGCUUUCGGCGGGAUGAAUGCCGAGAGGCGCUGGUCCGGCUGCGACAGACGACUAUCUACGGCGAAGGGCUUGCAGACGAUUCGGUAGACGAGGAUACCGAUGUGGCGAUGGACGCUGCUUGA